CACCUCGGUGUCAGCUCCCUGUCGCUCCCCGAGCCCUGUCUCAGCGCUUGGGCUCUUUGCGCGCCCGGGACCUGCCUGGUUCAGGAACACGGCGUGAGCCCGAACCAAAAAGCUUCAGGACCGUAGAGCGCUCCCUGCAAAAAGUGCCCCUAAUACCACGACACCCCGAGCGGAGCCCGGAGCAAGCAGGACGAGGUCCUACAGCGAGUGAGUCACUGGGCCUACACACCCGCGCCAGUCCGAAGCCAUGUGUACCGCUGAGGUGGACCGGCAGGUAGCCCAGAGAUACCUGCUCAAGCGGCGGCUCGGGAAGGGGGCCUAUGGCAUUGUGUGGAAGGCAGUGGAUCGGAGCACUGGUGAGGUCGUGGCCAUCAAGAAAAUCUUUGAUGCCUUUAGGGAUAAGACAGAUGCCCAGAGAACAUUCCGGGAAGUCAUGCUGCUCCAGGAGUUUGGAGACCAUCCCAACAUCAUCCGCCUGCUUGAUGUGAUCCGGGCAGAGAACGAUAGGGACAUAUACCUGGUGUUUGAAUCUAUGGACACUGACCUGAAUGCCAUCAUCCAGAAGGGCAACCUGCUGGAAGACACCCACAAGCGCUACAUCUUCUACCAGCUCCUGCAAGCCACCAAGUUCAUCCACUCGGAGAAUGUCAUCCAUCGGGACCAGAAGCCAGCUAAUGUUCUCCUGGAUGCCAACUGCUCAGUGAAGCUCUGUGACUUUGGUCUAGCCCGUUCCCUGAGCAACUUGCCGGAGGGACCCAAGGGCCAGGCCCUGACAGAGUAUGUGGCCACACGCUGGUACCGAGCUCCGGAAGUGCUCCUGUCUUCAUGCUGGUAUACCCCUGGAGUGGACAUGUGGAGUCUCGGCUGUAUCUUGGGAGAGAUGCUUCGAGGACAGCCCUUGUUCCCGGGCUCAUCUACACUGCACCAGCUGCAGCUGAUCCUGGAAACCAUCCCCGCCCCAUCUGCAGAGGACCUCGUGGCUCUUGGCUCAGGCUACAGCGACUUGAUUCUGCACCGCCUGGGGUCCGGGCCACGACAGACACUGGACGCCCUGCUGCCGCCAGACACUCCCGCAGAGGCUCUGGAUCUCCUCAGGCGACUCCUGGUGUUUGCCCCUGACAAGCGGCUCAGCGCAGCCCAGGCGCUGAAGCACCCCUACGUGCAGAGGUUCCACUGCCCUGACCAAGAAUGGACAAGGAGUUCGGACAUGCAGCUCCCAAUGCACGAAGGAGACCAGCUGUCUGCCUCGGAAUACCGAAGCUGCCUCUACAAGAUGAUCCUGGAGCGGAGGGACAACAGCCAUGGGCCAAGAAAGGAAGGCCUGGGGGGCAUCACCUCAGGGACAGAGCCCAGGGCCUCCUGCGCCCAGAGGCACCUGCUCAAGCCCCGAGUCAAUCCCCAGCUCCCUACUGGGGCAUCUGCCUGGAACCCAGGAUCCAGGCCACAGAAUAGCCCGGGUCAGGACCCAGGGCAUGGUGUGUCUGUCCUAGAAGCUCCCAGCACAGCCAGGAACAUCCCGAGGCAGGGCUCAGCCUCCUCGCUCCAACCUCAAGUCCCAGGCAGGAGGGACAGGGUUCCUGGGGUGGCCAUGGAGCCUCCCUGGGCACCCUCUGGGGUGAAGCCAAGUAUGAAAGGCACGGCGCCUUCUCUGGCUAUGCAGGCUGCCGCCCAGGUGGCCAACCAUGUCCUGAUCCGAGGCAACCCAGCCCAGGGCGUGCUCCGGGUCCCUCCCAGGCUUCCCCAGGAAGCCCCAGAGCCCCGACCUGGCCGGAGAAUGUUCAGCACCUCAGCUUCAUGGGGGGCCCAGGGCGACGCCAGGGCUGCACUUGGGGGCUACUCCCAGGCCUAUGGGACUGUGUACCACUCGGCACUGGGCCGCCUGCCCCUGCUCCCUGGACCCCAUGGGUGAACUGCCUGUCCACCUCACACUGCCUGUUUUGACCUUCUCAGAGGAGCACAGAAGGUUCACAUCCCAGCCCCAGUGACUUCAAUAAAAUCUGUGUCCCAGCCCAACUAGCUGCUUUCACCUACUCCCUUUUGAGGAGUUCCUUUCUGCAGGGCUUCCCACCUAGGCCAUAGCAUCCCCUAGCCUGGGAGCCCUUAUCCCGUUCCCAGAGCCCACCUCUUCUGAGAACCUGCCACCCCCAUCCUGCAGUCUCUACUCCGUGUCUACAAUAGCACAGUGCAAAGCUGCAUGGGUCUGGUCUGCUAUCACCCAUGGCUCUUUUCUACCUACUGCUGGCCUGCUGGGCACCUUAGGCCAGCUUCCUGUCCUUUGGCCACAAGUGCCCUAGUACCUGCUUUGUUUCUGAGCACCAUCAGAUCCCAGCCGGGGGGCUGCUGCAGGGUCCAGGGUUCAGGCUGCUCCAGAUAGUCCUGUGGCCCAGGAACUUGUGGACAGACACAUUGCCUGCCUAGGUGCAAGUGUCCAUGUGACUGUGAGCCAGAGAGGAAAAGGGGAGUGAGGAGGGGGUAGCUCCCCAGCAACACUUGCCCCCCGCUCUCCCCAUUGUCACUGUGCCCACCAUGACUGGCUCCUGCUUUGUCCAAAUCUUGGUAGUAGGAGGGUUAGGGACACCCUGCAGAUGCCCUAUGAGGCUGAAGGCUACUUUCUCUGGUUACCACCAGGCACAGGACCUGUGUGAGUUCAGGCCAGGGGCAGAGGCAAAGAGAUCCAAGUGUACUGUGGGUGCUCUGCACUUAUAUCUAACCCUGCGCUGUGGCGGAAUGUAGGGCAGCCACUCUCCCGGUGUCUGACUGGAGGAGCUCACAGUCAAAAGCCCCUGUUCACCUUGAGAAAUGUCAAGGAUUCGGUGUGGAGAGGCUGGAAGGUUGCACUGCAAUAAUGCUGGUGCUGUGCUUGCAAGAGAGGGCCAGAAAGCAGGCGGAUGGGACCCUGGUUUUAACAUGGGUCACUGAGGCAGUGAGGGGGCUGCUGAGGCAUGAGUUUGUGUUUCAAGAGCCGGAGGCACAGCCCCAAGGUGGUGAGCAAGCAGAACAGACAAGGGUGUGGGAGUUAAUGCCACAGACGGGUGGGCCUUUGAGGCCAGGGAAAAGGACUCAGGCUGGACAGGAGCUGCAAGAUGAGGCUAAGAGACAUCUGCUGGGUUUGGUGGCCAGGGGACCCUGGGUGAAUACCCUUAGAGCACCAACACACAGGAGCUCAGAAGUGAAGUAGAGAGCGCCUAGAAGUGGAAAGUUUGUGUGGGGUUGGAUGAAUCAGGAGGGAUGUGGAGGCAGGAAGGGUCUCGAGUGCACCCUCCAGAAUUCAUGGCUGUUCCAAAAGGGAAAUUAGGGACCUAAGGUUCAAGACUGCAAUAUAUAAUUGGGUGUGUA